ACGGAUCCCAACCUUGACAACUUUGCUUAACUUGAAUGCUUUUUAAAAUGACAGAAUCGUUUUCUGGUUUUUGAAGUGGUGUAAUGCAUGCGGUGGAGUCGAUGAUUGUCUCUCCAAGAUACUCGAAAAACAUCUCAAAUGAAAGUGAACUGUAUUUGAAUUCGAGUUAUCAAAGAAACAAAUAUCCUGCGAUCUCUAAAUGUCGUGACCAAUAUUAUAAUGGUGUAUACACAGAUAGAGUUAACUAUAUUUCUUGUUCUCCUCGUCAGAGGAACAACAGAGACCUAAGUCGCCCAAAUGUGAUUGGAAUAACUCGUCGCAGCACACAGAUAUGUGACGACUCAUCCUUAUUAUGCAAUCCUCGGAGUUUUUUUAACCCAGACUUACCUCUUCCAGGUAGCCAUCCACAAAGAGGAAAUUCUUUUAACUAUUCCCAGAAUAUUGGAGUUUACCCGUCAUCUGGAAGGUUAAGAAUAUCAAACCAAGCAUCCAAAACUUAUUUAAGUUCUUCAGUUUUAAAUUUGAGCAAUGGAACGAGUAACAGAUCACUUCGCCAUUUGCGUAAAUCUCCGGAUAAACAUUCACUUUCAACCCGGUACUCUUACUUUACAAACAAAUCGCCAAAAGCUGGUAAUGAUUUCAAGUCUUUUAUGUAUAUGAAUAACAUCGAGAGGGAUCAAGAUAUUCAAAGACAAUGUCUAUUUGGAAGUGUCAAACCUCGCGACUGUAGAAUGGAAUACGAUCUUUUAUCAUCACAGCCUUCAGAAACAAAACAGUACACAUUUUCCUCGGAAUCAGCGAAGAGAGGAAGUUUGAUAGCAGAGAAUAAAAGGGAAGGUAAUGUGAAUAGUUUUAACCUCGCUGAUGAUAAUUAUUCUUCCAUUAUCCAUGUUCGACCUCAUCAUGCGAGAAAAACGGUUGAUAUGAAACAGAAUGGCGAAACCAAUGAAGAUUCUCCGCAUAAGCGCCUGUCGAAAUGUCUUCAGUCAAAACGUGAGACAUCUUAUGACGGCUCUUGUUGUAUGUCAGGUACCCUCGCUGUCACCUUGUAUGGAUCAAAACUCACUGAAUUUGAACGUAAUGAAAUACAAGACUAUCCUGAGGUAUAUUUUCUGGGGCUUAAUGCUUCUAAGAGAAAUCCACAUGUGACUCCUAUCAGUGAUGUCUUAUACAAAAGAAGUAGCAUUAUUUCGACCGGUACUGUGACUGGGUUCGACGAUGCACAAAGCAGUUAUAUUCUUGUUCCUAAUGAUCAUUUGGCUUAUCGAUAUGAAAUCCUCAAACCUCUGGGCAAAGGCAGCUUCGGUCAUGUUGUUCAUGCAAUUGACCAUUGUACAAAGAAGCAGGUUGCAAUAAAAAUUGUCAAGAGUGAAGCCAGAUUUACGAGACAAGCCGUUGAAGAGAUUCGCAUCCUCAAGGCCCUCAAUGGGCAACAAAAUGAUGGGGAGUUUAAUGUUGUGCAAUUAGUUGAUCAUUUUGUAUUUCGAGGUCAUAUGUGCAUGGUGUUCGAAUUGCUUUACAUAAAUUUGUAUGAACUUAUUUGUCGAAACAACUUUAAAGGAUUCUCUCAGUCUCUGGUGCGGAAACUUACUUACGGUAUACUCUGCUGUCUAGAAUUGCUAUAUCGGAAUAAAGUGAUACAUUGUGAUUUGAAACCAGAGAAUAUUUUAUUACGACGUCCAGGAAAAAGUAAAAUCAAAGUGAUUGAUUUCGGAUCGAGUUGUUAUACUAACGAAUGUCCAUACAAUUACAUACAAUCACGUUUUUAUCGUGCACCUGAAAUUAUUCUUGGCUUACCAUAUGGUACACCGAUUGAUAUGUGGAGUUUAGGAUGUAUUCUAGCAGAAUUUAUUACUGGAGAACCAUUAUUCCCAGGUGAAGAUGCAUUCGACCAGUUGGCUUGUAUUAUGGAGAUUUUAGGUGUACCACCAGUGCAAAUGAUUAAAAAAGGCAGUCAAAGUCAUCAUUAUUUCAAUAGUAAUGGACAACCUUUAUAUAUAAUUGAUCAACAAAACCAAGCUUAUGUUAACAAUGAACGAUCAGAUCAUAAAACAAAAGAAGCAAUGACCAAUCUUAAAAAAUCUUUAAAUCUUCAACCAGCUAAACAUAAACGUUCUGGUAGUAAAAAACGUCAUCGUUUAAGAAAUUCACCCGGUUCCAUGACUUUAGUUGAUGCAUUAACUAAUCCGAAAAAUUCUUCUGUUUGUCUACCAACAAAUGAUCAAACAAAUCAUCAAACAAACGUUGGAAAUAAAAUUCCACAACCAUUAGAUCCGGAUAUGAUAGAUUUUUUGGAAGGUUGUUUAAAAUGGAAUCCAGAUGAAAGAAUGAAUCCAAUUGAAGCACUCGAUCAUCCAUGGAUUAAGAAAAUGUCAUUGCAAAGUUGCGGCAGAACUAAUAGUUUUCUAACAACAUUUAAUUCUAAUGGCAAUACAGAGUCUAGUUAUUUUUACAAUAAUGAUAAUAGUAGUAGUAGUAAUAUGUUUACGAAUGGAACAACAAAACCCGUAUCUGAUACAGAAUUUGUAGCCAAUAUUUUAGGUGUACGUACACGAAAACCAGAUUCUAGUUUAUUGCGUAUUUCUAGGAAAUCGGAAGCUCACAGCGCAAUACCUGAUGAUACGAUGAGCCUGAAUGAAUCCUAUCGUCGGUAUUCCUACGACCACAAUAAUAGUAGACUAUCAAAUUUCUUUGAACGAUCAGCAGCAUAUACUUCUAAUUCGAAAUCUCACAAAGAACUCUCUUUAGAUGCACUAAGUCAUCGAGCCACAGAAAAUUACUUCACCACAAAACAAUAUCGGAGUUUUUUAAACAACGGUCACAGUAAUGGUAAUCAAAACAACAACAGUAAAGAGGAACAUUAUGAUCACAGUGUUUCUCCUCAAAGUGACAUUGAUAAUCGUCGAAGUCGUAAUCACCAUCGUACUCGUCGACAGAGUAUUAAUACACACUCUGAUCUUGUUCAAGAACCAGAAGAUAAUCGCAGUCAUUCAGUAUCAAAUCAAGUCUCAUUAGAACAUAAUUAUACUACCAGUGAGGAAAUGCCAUCAUUGACUAUUUCGAGUUAUCAUAAAACAAGCAAAGAAGAUAGUGAUCACAUUGAAGUAAGCAUUCAUGAUAGAGAACAAAGCAGUCGGAAUUCUGGACAUUAUGACAAUGCCAGUAAUCUUAAUGGUAACUCAAAGAUAAUAAUGUAUAAUGAAGAGAAAAUCAUAUUAGUCCCAAAUUCAAUCACGGGUGAACAUGAUAUAUAGUCUACUACAAUAUGAACUAAUAUUUAUUUUUCCCUUUUUUAUGUAUCUUAAAAGGUCAAACAGGAGACCAAUGACUAAUAGAGAAGGAAGAUGAACGCCUGUUUACAUUUUUCAGAAAUAUGCCCAAACUUAUUUUAUAACCUGUUCUCAUGCGUAAUGACGACUGACAGACAAUUGAUUUCAACUUAUUUUUUAUUUAACUGAGUGAAUAUCACUAAUUUUUGGUAACUAUUUUAUUCAUUAAACCUCCUAUCACCUUGUAUGCUCCUCCUCCCAAAACCUCCUUCCUGUCACGAUGACAUACACACACACACACACUGCCAACAACAUGCUACCUGCACUUACGGGCUGAACUAUCUAUCCACUUCGGGAAUUUACGAUUGAACACCUUUUUUUGUCUUCAAUUCUUCUUACAGACUAAGACGGAGUCGAUUAAUCCAUAUCAAGUCUUUCUUGGUUAUGUACAAUUCAAAAGUAUUAGGCUAAAAAUAAAUUAGACAGUAAAAGUUACUUCUUCAACUUUUACUCUUUCAUGAAA